AUGAUUCGAGAUUGUAUAGUAUUUGGGGUGAGUGAUAUUCGAUUAAAAGAACAAUUGCUUCGUGAAUCGUCUGAACUCACUCUUGAAAAAGCUGCAAGUUUGUGCCGAGCGGCGGAAGAAAGUGUGAAACAGCUCAAAGAGCUUUGGAAGCAAAAUGUUGAUCCAAGUGAACCGGAAGUUCAUGUCGUAAAGAAACCCACUCGAGGUGAGUCGCUAUUUGAUUGUAAUAGAUGUGGAACUAAGCAUGCAGUAAGAUCUUGCCCUGCAUUUGGAAAACCUUGCCACAAAUGUAAAAGAAAAAACCACUUUGCACGAAUGUGUCAAAUGUCAAGAAAUUCUUCUGUUGAUGAAGUGUCAGAAAAUACUGGGGAAGCUAACACUAGAAAUGACCCAACACUCGAGUUAAAUAGUUUAUUUAUUGGGACCAUAACUAGCCCCACAACAAGUUCUGCAUGGUUUGUGAGUGUGGGUAUAAAUGGAACACAAGUUCGAUUUAAACUUGACACUGGAGCUGAAGCCAAUGUGUUGCCAUUUAAUGUGUAUUCAAGUCUAGAGAUUAGUACAUCCCUGCAGAAAACUGAUGUGGUUUUAACCUCAUAUGGGAAUUUUAAAGUCAAGCCGGAGGGGAGAGUUUUCCUGAGAUGUGUCGUCAAUGGUCAGUCUGAAAUGCUACCAUUCUUUGUUGUUACUGUCCAGUCAACCCCAAUACUACAAUCCUGGCAAAAAUUAUGUGGACACCUAACUUUUCUAAUGCUAAUAUUAACAUUGAGACGUUCUUUUAUGAAACUAGUCGCCCCCUGCCCCUAUUCAAUGUUGUUUCUCGCAUUUAAAUUUUAAAGUUUCAUUUACCAACAUUGAACUGGGGGGUAGGAGGGGGGAGAAGAUUUCUGGGGAUUAAUUCUGUAGAAAUACUUCUAUUUUUGUUUGACGCACGCGGUGUCCACAAUAAUUUUUGCCAGGAUUGUCUGAAAUUAUCACAUAUUCCAAACUGUCCGAUUUCGUGAAUUUAAGGCUUGAUCCAAUGAUAAAAUAGGCUUGUUUGUUUAGCAAAAGGGGAAAACAAUUAGUAAAUCAGGUUAUACUUAUUUUUUUACUUUCCGAUCUAUCUUAAGUGUCACCUAUCACAUUACAUGUUAAGUUGCUUUUUACGUAUUAUCUGGAUUUAUACAAUUACAACUUAGUCUGCAACUCUACAAAGGCAAAGUAAUAUCUUCGUAUGACAAAUUAUUGAACAUCGUAGAGAACGACGAUGUCUUAGCACUUAGUCAAAUCUGAGUGCAAAAUUUCCAGCCAAAAAAUGCAAGGUUUGUUUACCUCAUAACUUACAGCCAAGCAGAUCUAUGUUUAGUUCCUGAGCGUGAAUGAUUCGCAUUGUUGGUAAUACAUGCAUUUUCAAAAUGCAGAUCCUUUGUUAACCUGCAACAUUUUGCAAUGGGUACGUUUGGAACACGUAGCAUCAUAUUCCCGUGUAUUCAUACAAUAUAACUGUAUAAAACUACACGGUUGUGAGCGUAACCAAAUUCACACUAAAUAUAACAGACCAUAGCGAUAUGUUAGUGUAUACGCAUUCGAAGUGCUCACUAUUUUCAGAUUUUUUAUAACAAACGCAGCCCAACAGCGACUGUAGAGCGCCUUUAAUAAUGACGGUGACGUCACACGGUACACGGCUGUGUAGCGUAGAGUAAAGAAUACACAGCUUAAAUAUUUUUAUCACUACGCUACACAGCCGUGUACCAUGUGAUGUCACUGCUAGAUUAAAGGCGCUCUAUACAGUUGCUGUUGGGCUGCGUUUGUUAUAAAAAAUCUGAAAAUAGUGAGCACUUCGGAUGUGUAUAUACUAAAAUAACCUUAUAGUCUGUUAUAUUUUAUGUGAAUUUGCAUAUGCGCAUAAAGCGCUUUUGUUGAAAACUCGUCUUACUGCGUCUGCAUAAUUAGCUUGGCAAAGCAUAUAUCAUUGCCAAUAGCUCCUCACUCACAAAAUUACAAAUAUGCUUUAAAAAAACUUAAACUAGUUUAAACAAUCUGUUUGUUAUUCUAAAGUAAUGGCAACAUCAAAAAUGUAUAGUAAAAGGCCUGCUUUAGGUGAAAAUUAUGGAUUUGUUUUUUAGGUUAUUUUCAGACAAUCCUGGCAAAAAUUAUGUGGACACCUAACUUUUCUAACGCUAAUAUUAACAUUGAGACGUUCUUUUAUGAAACUUGUCGCCCCCUGCCCCCUAUUCAAUGUUGUUUCUCGCAUUUAAAUUUUAAAGUUUCAUUUACCAACAUUGAAUUGGGGGUAGGAGGGGGGAGAAGUUUUCUGGGGAUUAAUUCUGUAGAAAUACUUCGAUUUUUGUUUGACGCACACGGUGUCCACAAUAAUUUUUGCCAGGAUUGUAGGUCUGCAGGCAUGUGAGAAAUUAAACCUGGUCAAGAAAGUUAAUGAAGUGGCCCCAUCACCCUCCACUAAAGAACACAUUAUUCAUGAUUACCCAGAGGUGUUUGAAGGGCUUGGCUCCAUGGACGGAGAAUAUCAUAUCGUUGUUGAUAAGACUGUCAAGCCUGUCAUCCACCCACCACGAAAGGUUCCCUACAGCAUACUGGGAAAGUUAAAAGAGAAACUUUCGCAGCUUGAAAAAAUUGGUGUUGUGCAGAAAGUUGACAAACCGACUCCAUAGGUUAACAGUCUUGUCAUGGUCGAGAAAUGUGAUGCGUCUCUGCGGCUAUGUUUGGAUCCCUGUGAUCUGAAUAAGGCUAUCCAACGGGAGCAUCAUAGAAUUCCCACAGCAGAGGAUAUUGCCACUCGCCUUAGUGGUAAGAAGUUAUUCUCCAUAGUGGAUGAAAAAGAUGGGUUUUGGCAGAUCCACCUAGAUGAAGAAAGUUCCCAUCUCUGCACCUUCAAUACACCCUUUGGUCGCUUCCGCUUCACGAGCUUACCAUUUGGUGUGUGUUCAGCCCCUGAAGUGUUUCAGAAGAAGAAUGAAGCAUUGUUUGGUGAUAUUGAUGGUGUCAAGGUGAUAUUUGAUGACAUAAUUGUGGCAGCGCGGGAUGAAAAAGAGCAUGAUGAAAUUAUGGCAAAGCUGUCGGAAAGAGCAAAAGCAGAAAAUGUUAAAUUCAAUCCAGAAAAGCUUCAGUACAAAGUCAAAGAAGUGAAGUACAUGGGUAACAUUGUAUCUGAAUCGGGUUUGAAGCCAGAUAGCGAGAAAGUUCGUGCAAUCCUGGACAUGCCCUUACCUAAGUCAAAGCAAGAAUUGCGAAGGUUCCUUGGAAUGGUCAAUUUUUUUCUCGAAGUUUAUUUCAGGUCGAUUAAUCGAGUAUUACUGACCCUCUAGAUGAUGGACAGAAGGAAGAUGGACAAGAAGAAGAAGAUGAACUAUUAAGCAUUGAUGUUGAUAAUAUAGAUGCAGAAGAGGGUUUUAAUGAUAGUUUCUAA